UUAUAUUACUAAUUGAGAUAACAGUAGUAAUAAUAUAGAAAAAUAUAUAUAAACAAUAAUAAUAAUAAUAAUUGUACACCAUAAUACAAACUAUACAAUGCAUAAUAAAUAUAUGAAAGAAAUUAAAGAAAUACAUAAUUAAAUAUAAUUUCCCAAUAUACAAUAAGAAAGAUAGUUUGUUUGUUUAUUUUUCUUUUUGUUCUACAAUGUAAUCAAUGUAAUCAAUUACCUGAAUGAUGAUGAUAAUGAUGAUGAUGAUGUAACUUUAUUCCACGUAUACCUACUUGUUAACAUAUACAAUAAACAUUAUACAUCUAUAUAACCAUUAUAGAUUAUAAAAGAUAUCUAUCCAUCCAUCCAUCAUAUUUCAUUGUUGCGUAGAUGUGUAAAUAUUUUAAAAUAACUCUUAUCAUUUCAUUAUAUUAUUUCAUUUAUUUUACGGAACGAAUGAUACAACCAUUUAUAUUUACUAAUUUAAUAAUAAAUAAUAUUAGUGAUAAUAAUAAUCAUAAUAAAUUACCAAAAAUCAAUAAUCAAUCUAUAAUUAUUAAUUAUAAUAGAUCACAAUCAAUAUUUAAUAAUAAUAAUAAUAAUACUAUACAGAAUUUAUCACAUUCAACAGAUUUAUCUUUGAAUGAUUCUAGCCAAAAUCAAUAUUAUAUCGAUAAAAUUUUAAAUGAAGAUGUUGAAGAGACAUUGAACGAUUUUUCAAACAAUGAAAUAGAACAUCUCAACGAUAGUUUCGAAACUAAUUUUCCAGUAAAUGAACCAUCUACUGAAUUAUAUUCACCUGUGAAUACAAUCUUAUCUAAUUUAAGUAAACAACAAGUUGAUGUAAAUCUGGAUUCUAAUACAAAUUUACGAUUUGUUAAAUACUUUGUUGGAGAAACUAUUCGAAUGCGUUGUAUCAUACCGGAAGGAUCUCAUGUGAUAAUGUGGAAUAAAAUUGGUGAAGAAUAUCCACUUACAAUAGGUAAUCAUAGAUUUAUUCCAGAUAAACGAAUUAGUAUUAAACAAAAAUCAUCAAAUAAAUGGAUAUUACGAAUAAUUAAAGCUAAAUUAACUGAUAGUGGUUUAUAUACUUGUACUAUAAAAUCUAUCCAUAAAGAAGAUAAUAUUAUAAAGGAUAAUUCUAAUGUACAAAACAAUAAUGAUAAGAUAAUAAAUCAAACGAAUAUGAAUAUAACAUUGGCUAUUAAACAAAUGAAUAAUCCUGAUUAUUAUAUAUCUGUAGUGGAACCACGAUCAAAUGAAGUGAAACAAGCAAAUAUUACUGUUGUAUCUGAUAAUUUUAUUUUUAAAAAUAGAACACUUACUGUCACUGGACCACGUGUAGUCUACUAUGGCAACCCGUUGGAAUUAAAAUGUUAUGCAAAGUUUUCAACUGAUGUUCGAGCAUCCGGUUAUGAAAUACUUUUAGAAUGGUAUCAUCAUGGUGUUCGAAAGUCCUCGGAUCCAUUUAAAUCUGGUGGUGUGUACAUAGAACAAAAAUGGUUAGAUCCGAAAACACUUGAGAGUCGUUUAUUUAUAAAGUGGGCAAGUGAAUCGGAUACUGGACAAUGGAUAUGUUUAGAACGAUACAAACCAAGUGAAAAUAACACUGAACAUGAGUCUUCACAUAUGAUUCAUUUAAAUCCAAUACAUAAAAGCUUAUUAUCAACGGAUAGAAUUCAAAAUAAUCGUUUACCGGUUUCGUCUGUUUCAAAGAAUCGGCCUUUGUCUUCAACAUCUCCACUAUUACCCACUUCAAGAAUAAUGUUUGGAAGAAUAGAAGUAGAAAUUAUUGAUAUAUCAAAAGCUUCAAUUCAUUUAAAUGGACUAAGAUCAAAUGAGAUCAAUUAUAUGUAUAGUAAUACUGGUUCUAAUUCUAAAUUACAUCAAUCCAUCAUUAAUAAUAUUACUUAUUUAUACAACAUUAAAUGGUUGUUUAUAAAAAUAUGUUUAUUCAUGAUCCUUUUAAACUAUUUUUUAUAAUAAGCCUAGUAACAGAUAAUCUAUCUAUUCAUUUCACAGAUAAUUAUGUAAUUUCUAUUAUGAUUUAUUUACAUUCCAUUCUAUAUAUUAAUAAUUUGUAAAUAUUAUUAAAUUUCAAUAAAU